AUUAAGGAAGGCGUAGCAUAUGGAAACGUUCGUGCAAUACCGUAUACGGUUAGAAUGGGUGAACACAGUGGCCCUUUAUCCCUAGAGUUGUGCGCCUUACUAUGUGCACAUCACCAUCAGGGUUCAUCUUUUAUUGAAGGAAAGCAAAACUGAAACGCGUAUUCGUCGGCCAAUGUCUGUUACAAGCUCGCUGCCUUUAGUCUCUACCACUCUUACAUUAAGCCCGGAUAAGGCAGUGAAGUCGGUUGCUUGGCGAAAAUGUAGGGGCCCCGGGAGAGCAAUCGAGGUCCUCAUUUUCACUCCUGUUGGGGUGUUUCCUUUGCUUGGUGACCUAACGUCGUCUGGCCCAGUGAGCGUGGGUCAAGCACUGGACAUCCACCUCAGCGAAUCGGGUCCACAUACACCCAAUCCUGGUCAACCGCCUUGGCAGGAGGCAGUCUGCGCUGUAAACGAUGGCAGCAGCGUGGUUUAUUUCGCGACGCCAUCAUCGAUUUGGUCUCUUGACGAAUCAAACGUUCUUCACUUUGUGGCGGGAGUGAGCGGCGAAGGUCAAAAAGAUGGCGACGGCACUACGGCAUCCUUCCAGUCCAUCAUGGCUAUCGCGCUCGGACGCGGUGGACGGCUGUAUGUGGUUGACGGAAAUGACCUGCUCGUGGUGCAGCUGCAGCCGGCAGGCACUGUGGCGCAGACGGUGUCAACCAUAACCUUAGACUUGCAGACCGACGAAGGGGAAGAGCUUCGGCCUACUGCCCUGUCAUACGACCGGAUUAGCGGCUCCCUUUAUAUUUCAUGCUCGGUUGAGUACGCCGCCUAUGUAUAUAAGGCAGCUGAGCCAAUUCCGAGUGCCGGUUUUUUGCGGACAUACCUGGUUGAACCCCUCGAGGGUGGCGAUGGGCAGAACCGACAGCGGCACAACGUACCAGCCUUCUCGUACGUCGACUCCAUGGCAGCUUCGGACACGGGCGACGUCGUUGUGCUGGACACCCCUUCGACCUUUGAUCCCCACGGCAUCCCAGACAGCAUAUGGGUCCUGAAAGCGGACGGCAGGAUAGAAACCCCAGCCCCGCCUCACCACACAUGCACGGCAGUUACCUUACUACCUCAAGGCUGCCUCGUCCUCUACAAGGGCCCCCAGCUGAAUACCCUGGAACUCCGGCCGUGCUCGCUUAAACCCUUCUGCAGCUCAACCAGCAGCCGCGCCGUCCCAGCUGCCUACGUCAACAAACAGCGGCUCGGGGCCGACUACGGCGCCCUGCUCGGCAGCAACCCGCCCUACCCGCCCGACGUGACGGUGGUGGCCGGCGGCAGUGAGUUCCCCGCACACCGCUUGGUGCUGGCGUGCAGGUCCGAGUACUUCGCACGGCUGUUCGCUGAUGGGAAUCAGGACAGCGGGGAACCCAGCGUGGCGCUGAAGGACGCGGACGCAGGGGCAUUUGAGCAGCUGUUGGGCUACAUGUACACCGGGGAGCUCGAAUGCACGCAGCAGCUGCUGCGACCACUGAUCGAGCUGGCAGACCGGCUUCUCCUGCUUGACCUGAGCAAGCAGAUGCAGCAGCUGAUGCUGGCGGGCAGCAGUCCGACUAGCGUGGUGGCAGACAUGCUGUGGGCUGCGGAGAAAGGCCUGGACGGGAUUCUUGCGGCGCUCAAGGAGCACUACCUGAGCAUUGCGGACCAGGUUUCGGAGCAGGCGCCCGACAGCCUGGAGCAGCUGGUGGCGCUGCAGCCCAAGCUGCACCUGGAGCUGCAUGCCCGGCUGGCCAAGCGAGCCAGGAUGCAGUAGCGGCGACGAAUGAGGGUGUUUUCGGAUGCGGCAGGGCUUAAAGCGGUUGGGUCUAGGGAGCCCAAUGGUUCAGAGGUACCGGUAGUUAGGGCUAGUUACAGAAAGUAGGUACCAGGUGUGCAGGCUGACAGGCUGGCAAAGCAUGGCUCUGUUGGACACGGCCUCUGGUUGCUUGCGACGGGUGCAUAGAGAAUGCAACUGUAACAUGUUAAUUCCUUGUACUGUGUAUUGGAUGAUUGAACCCGUGUGCGUAACAGGGUUUGCAUACGAUUGUGUGCUAUGCUCAUGUUUUACGGCUGCAGGAUGCUAUGCGCUGGCUUUUGUUGAGUGAGUGUGCACUGCCCGGCAUGCGGUCAGUUUGCGAGGAAGCCCUCCUCCUACGGUGCUCGAUUGGGCUUCCGGGGCUUGCAGCCGCACGCUAAUGUUGGCUUUACUACUGGGCUAUGGUUGACUUGCCAAUCUUACCGGUACCAUCAUCGUAGUUUACCGCGUGCUCGUGGCGUUAAAUGUUCAGUUAUAUAGUUUGUUGGCAUCAAGAUGGUGCGGAUAUACCGGUAGUGACACUGGACCUCUACCCACGCGACUUGUUACUGAGGUAUAUGUUUACUGGAGUUUGAGUACACGAGCAAACAUUGACUUUGGACGGUACCUGUCGCAUACCGCAUCCGUGAGCACUGAGCAGCCGCAACAGCUACAGGUACUGCUGACACGCUGGGAAUCUUCGAAGACCGUCACGAAUAGGAUUUAUGUCCAGCUGCGGUGAAAGAGCUCGUGAAUACAUGAUAAAGAAGUAAAGGGGCCGUGAAUACAGUGAGCAGAACGUCAUCCUACGCGUGGUGUACGAACGAGCCCAAAUUGGUGAAAUUGCCAGGGAAGGUAGCAAAUCCAGGCUAGCCGCAAGUACAAGAAUUAUCCUGAGAACUAUGGUUUAAUGGUAUAUUGCCGUCUGAUAGAGUUAACCAACAAUCAAUACCCGUAGGUUGCAUUGGGCGUUGCUGAACGUUUGUAAAACGUUUCAAGUAGAAUGUCUAAGGAUGUACAACGGUUGCAUGCCUUCGAGUUGGGUUUCCCAACCCUUGCUGUCGCAUGGCGUCUGGAAAAGCAAACCGACGCCGUGUUUCUCUUUACACCUAGAGGACUGUUGCCCAUAUACGGUUUAGAUUUCAGGGCAAUUCCUGUGGGUCCGCCGCUCAACAUCCAAUUCGUCCCACCAAAACGGCUUGGCGAGGUGACAUGGCUCGACCGGACCCCGUGGCUAAGGGCUACCUCCGCCGCCAGCGGUGGCUGCGGUGAAAUAUUCUUUACUACAAAGUCUUCCGUCUGGAUGCUUGAUUCGGAUAACAACGUGCACUUGGUUGCUGGUGCGGGGACGGCCAUGGACGAGGAGCAGCAGGAGCAAGGGCAGCAGGCUGUUCCCAGAGCCCACGAUGGGCCGGGCGCAGAUGCUACCUUCAAAAACAUCCAAGCAGUCGCACGGGGAGAGGAGAACGUCCUGUAUGUCGUGGAUGACGGCAGGCUGCGCACGGUCAAACAAGUCCAGCCGGCUCCCUCAACGCGGACUCUCCAGCCCCAGUCGCCAUCCUGGGCCCACGUGACAGUGGCAACGCCACGUCUUGUGCUCCAGUCCCAAAUCGCUGGGCUGGCCUGCAACCGCCACCGGCGUCUAUUAUACCUCGCAACAGAUGAGGCUGUGUACAAGGUUGCGGAGUCGCAGGUUGCUACUGUGGCGGCACGGCAAGUACGGCCAACGCGGUUGAAGCUCGGAGUAGGCUACCCAGACAUUGAAAAGGUUGGGGAUAUCGCGGUGACGGACCAGGGCCACGUGCUUAUGAUUAUUUGGAACUAUGAGGCCACGGUCAUCACGGUUUCCCAGGACCGCCACCCGGACUGCCAGCUGAUUGGACAGCCCCUGGCCACCUGUGCAUACAAGCCACAUGUGGAAAUCCUGCCCGGCGGAGGCUUGGCGCUUUACAACCGCGACGACAAUGGCCUGACCUUAAUGAUGCUGGACGUGAGGCCCUUCCGGGUCCCCAGCCACAGCCCGGCUCUGCCUUGCACCCUGGCGGACAAGGAAGGGCUCUGCACCGACUACGGCGCCCUGCUCGGCAGCAACCCGCCCUACCCGCCCGACGUGACGGUGGCGGCUGGCGGCCGUGAGUUCCCCGCACACCGCUUGGUGCUGGCGUGCAGGUCCGAGUACUUCGCACGGCUGUUCGCGGGCGGUUUCCAGGACAGCAGUGAUCGCGUGGUGGUGCUGAAGGACGCGGACGCAGGGGCGUUUGAGCAGCUGCUCGGCUACAUGUACACCGGGGAGGUGAAGCCCACGCCGCAGCUGCUGCGACCGCUGAUCGAGCUGGCAGACCGGCUUCUCCUGCUCGACCUCAGCAAGCACAUGCAGCAGCUGAUGCUGGCGGGCAGCAGUCCGACUAGCGUGGUGGCAGAUAUAAUGUGGGCUGCGGAGCGCGGGCUGGGCGACGUCCUGGCGUCGCUGAAGGGGUACUAUGUGGAGGUGGCGGACCAGGUUUCGGAGCAGGCGCCCGACAGCCUGGAGCAGCUGGUGGCGCUGCAGCCCAAGCUGCACCUGGAGCUGCAUGCCCGGCUGGCCAAGCGAGCCAGGAUGCAGUAGAACAGAGUACCAUGAAGGGCGUGAGGGUGGGAGGGUUAGACGAAGGGUAUCGGUAACUUGACUGCAGUGGUGCCCGCAAGCGGCCGCAGCAAUGGGGCACGGUGGUUUCUACGGCUGCAUGAAGGUACGCGUUAGCAGUUGAGAUUCUGGGCACUAGGGUGCAUCAAUCAGCAGGGCGCGACAGACUUCAAGGUGUGGCCGGGCAUGGCCGGUGCUCGAGGAAGUAACUAGGUGGAAAGCGGGAUUUGCAUCUUAGGCCGUCAGCUCCUGUCCUGCGGGUAUGGUUUUGUUAAGCAAGUAGAGGCAGGCAGCAUGGCUGAGUUGCAUCGGAGUAGAGUGUACUAGUGCUGCAGGUGGCAUUGCAUAGACCGUCUGUCGUCGCAUGUCGUUGCUGGUAAUUGAAUUGGAGACGAGAACGAGACAAUUUGUUGUAGUUGUCCAUGCUGCAUGGUAUGGGGGUAUCGGCAUUGGGGGCAGCUUUGCAUUCGCAUUGGGAUUUCGGCUCAUUUCGCUCAGGCAUCCGAGGCAUGAGCAGCCCCAUGAGCGCCUGACUGACCGGUUGUUACCCGUACUGGGUACUACGUUGCAACACUGUGUGUACUGUACCUGCUGCACAUUGGCAUGGCAUGUAGGUGUGGGGAGUAGCGCGCGUGUCCAAGCUUGGAUUAUGGCCUGGGGUUCCGCUUACAACUGCAUGGUGUACGAGCAUAUGUACUUUUGGCGUGUGCUGCAUUCAAGCCCGAUAUUGUGCCGGCGGUUUAGCCUUUGGACAAUGCAUGCAAACCGUUGGCAGGACACUGAUAUUGUUUGUCGCAGUUGGAUAUGAGUCCUAGCACUUUGGAACAUAUCCUCGCUGCUGAUACUUGUGACAGGGAAAAUGCAUGUGGCUGUGCGCCAGGAGUUUUCUGGUGUGUAUGGUAUCGUCACGUGAGCGUCGUACCUCUCGCAGGAUGAGGCGGCAGUUCAUCCUUUUGCAUGCCCCUCCCCCAAGCACUGUCCUUUGGUGACCCACGUGGGGGGCUAGGAACCGAGGUCGAAGGUAGACAAGUAAGGUGACGCUUUGGAUAGCGGUAAACUGUAAAAUGCCAUGUCAUGGACGGCACGAGUAAAUUUGAGAUUCAUAAACCAGAAUGCAUUCGUGCCAAGGCUCCCCGUACGGCAAUCCUGGGGACGCGAGCGGGCGCCAGCCUUACUCUGCACCUUUUGGCAUGUGUGAUAGGAAUGCUGUCAUACAGUUACAUUUUAGAGUCUGCGGAUGUGCAUAUGGUUCCGGGGAAUGGCUAGCGUGGAGAUGGAGGAUGCAAGCUAAUCAACCAGUACACGCAUCGCCACGAUCUCACCAGUUUACCAUAAGGAAAGGAUGUCGGCGGCCUCAACGGGAAUUGCCGCAAGCACUGGCCUGGCGCACGGAAGGUGCUGUAACGGAACAGCACAGGCAGCUCCUUUCUGUGGAAGGCACGCGACGACGCAGCUAUGGCACUCCGGCCCGUCAUCUUCUCAGCUGCUUGGAAUACCAUCCCGCUGCCUAGUAGUAUCGCAUGCACGACGUAAGGUUUACGCCGUUGUCGAGCCAGCGGCUGCACGGGGCGUUUACAGGAUUUGGUCCCAAGUGCGGGAACUGGUGGAAGGAGUUAGCAAUGCUCUCCACAAAGGCUUUGCGAGCGAAGCCGCAGCGUUCAGAUGGAUAGAGGAGCAAGUCAACUUAGAGAUGAAGAGGGACGCCGAACUCGAUGACCUCCGCGAGCAGCUACAAAAUAUUAUCUCACCUUCACCAGAGACGCCAUCGUCGGCAGCCUCCGCUACCCAAUCGGAAGCUGCAGCUGCAGCCGAGGUCACGGACGCGGGUCCACGGCCCUAUGAGGCGUCUGCAACUGUGCUCGAGGUUCCCUCCCAGCCUUCACGCACCUACUACCGCAAGUGGUACGCCGUACGGUUCGUGGAUGGAGGCUACCCUGGCGUGUACGGCAACUGGGAGGAGGCCCAGGCGGCCAUCCGGGGGCGCUACGCCGAGCACCGCUCCUUCGACACCUACGCGAAGGCCGUGACGUACGCCUUUGGCCAGGAGUAUGCCGAGCAGAUGUGCGGCCAGGCUGUGCAACAGCAGCAGCAGCAAACCCCACAACAGCAGUACGAGCAGCAGCACCUUCCGCAGCAGCAACUAGCGCACCAACAGCCGACGGACCUCAGUCCCGGCGCCGCCACCACUGACAUCCAUGACGCCUACGCCAUGCCUGCUGCCGCCCAACCCCACCACUCUGCUGUCGAGCAGCAUCACGGCCAGCACCACCCGGAACCCCAGUACGGCAACAACACGUACGACAGCAACACGUACGACAUACACAACCACCACCAUCACACCACGCAGUACGGUCACCAGCAGCAGCAGCACACCUACCGCGCUCCUGAGCAGUACCCUGAAAGCAGCGGCAGCGAAGGCAGCAGCAGCUGGGCCGUCGGCACCACCGUCAGCCCCAGCACUCACCACUCCCAGCAGGCCGAGAGCCUGGAGCCCUCCGCACCCUCCUUCUGGCCCACCAUGCUGCUUCCCUGGCAGCAGCAGCACCACCCCCCGCCUGCCGCACCGCAGUUCGCCCUGGCGGCGGGGGCGGUGGCGCCGGUAGACCUGCAGCAAGUCUGGAACCCCGGCUGGAAUGCUGGUGCCCGCAGCAGCAGCAACAGCGGCGGCGGUAGAGGCAGGAGCGGAGUCACCAGCCGGCCUCCGCUGCUGCCGGCGGCGCCGCUGAUGACGGCUCCCAUGCCACCCAGCGCCCAGCCGGCCUCCCCGCCCGCCCGCGUUAGGCCGGGCUCAGGACAUGCCUGGUCCGCAGGAGUGAGCGGGCAGCAGCAGCAGCAGCCGGCGUUGCAUCUGGACGCCUCCUCGCCCCACGACCCGCAACAAGCGUCACAUGAGAGCUGCCAUCAGCCAACUCGUGGGCACCAACCUCAGCAGCAGCAGCAGCAGCAGCAGGGCCAGUCCUGCAGCGUCCCCUCCGACAACGGGGCUGCAGCUCUCCCGCCUGAUGCCCCCGUUGGCCCCUCGGCGGCGUCUGCUGCUCCCUCGGGCCCCUCGCCGCCUCCAGCUCGACGUCCGAGGGGGCGGCCACGCAAGCAGCCUGCCCCGGCCCCCUCGGAACCUCCUGGCCUUCCCGACUCCUCCUCAGCUGCCGCGGCGACGUCUGCAUCGGCGCCUGUGGCUGCAGCUGCAGGGGCGGCGGUGGCUCUUGCGCCGGCGGCUGUUGCAGCGUCCACUCGCGCGGCGGACCCUGUGUCACCGGCCAAGCGGCGACGGGGCCGCCCGCGGAAAAGCGACGUCCAGGCAGCCGCUGCCACUGUUGCUGCCGCCGCCACGACGGAGAGCGCUCCGGCGGUGACGUCAUUGCCCCCGGCUGUGCAAGUGCCGUACAGCCUGGAGUCGCCCCAUCCCGGAAGUCGAGCCGACCCUGACCUUCCGUCCACUCGGGUACGGGCGGUGGAGCAGCAGGCGGAGGCGCGGAGGCGGCGGCGGCAGGCGACUCGGGCGGAGCAGCAGGCGGCGGAGGAGCGGCAGCAUCUGCAGGAGCCGCUACAACUGCAGGAGCUGGAGAGCUCACAGCAGCAGCAGGCGGAUGCCGGCGUAGGGUGCGGCACCGGUGAGGGCCGUGCAGCGCCCCCUGUUGCAUCCUCCGGCUCGGACAGCAGCAACACCACUCCGGCAGUGGCAGUCCCCGCAGCAGCAGCAACAGUGACAGCAGGAUCAGCGCUGGCGUGCGGCGGGGCUCAGGUGGCUAGGGCGAAGUCUGCAGCCGCUAGGAAGCGUGUCUUGGCGCGUGCUGCACCCGUGCGGGCACCCUCGCCGAAGACCGCAUGCGCUCCCUCAGCUGCUGCUGCCGCGCCUAGCUCGGCGGCCGCUAGCCAGGGCAGUAGCAAGGGCGGCGGUCGCAGGAGUAAGGGCACGGGUGCGGGUGCUGUGAGCGCCAAUAACACUGGCAAGCCCAAGGUCAGCGGACCUCCCACUGCCCCAACGGGUUCUGCCGUUCCCCUAAGCGCCCUUGACCCUCGUAGCCUUGUUCGCGAGCUCAUGGCGCGGCGACUUUGCCGGCGGCAACCGGAGCAACCACAGCAGCAGCAGGACGAGCAGGGGCAGCAAGGGCGGCGGCCACAGGUAGAGCGUGACGAGCGGCAGGAGCAGCCAAGGCGGCGGCAGCAGCAGCAGCAGUAAUAAUAGGGCGCUGACGGCAGCAGCCCGGCCGCGGGGAAGGUAGAGCAGCCCUUUAGGGCGUUAAGAUGCCGUGCGGGAGUACGGCAGAUGCUCAUGAGUGAACUGCGUUGCGUACCGUAAGAGGGUGCGUGGGGGGGCAACCGAGUUUAUUUGAGCGGCUGAGAGCUAGGUGCCGGUAUUACCGGUAACAGGAUCGGAGAUGUCAAUGAGCGCAAAGAUGGCGUCACAUAAGAGACCCGAUGUGUCGGGAGGCUUGGCGCGAACGUAAGUAGAAGUGAUGUGGGAACAGGGUAUUCCAUUAUAGGGUAAAGCGUGGAAUCACGGGUGGUUGCUUUAUGUAGAAAGUACGCAGGGAAUUUUGUAGGAUGUGUACCCAGUAGGAGGAAGCCUUGGCAGUGUCGAUUCGUUUCCAGUUGUGAGCUAGGCAUAUGUAAUGAGGCAGCUUUCUGCAGUCCAGUUAGGUCACUGUUGCUUAGUUUAGGGACCGUUGAGGAGGGCUGUGAGGUGAUGUGAGGGCCGCAUCGCCACCUUACCUGGCUAUCGGGUGCAAGGAGAGGAGUAUGCAAGGUGGACGGGCUGCUGUAAUAGGGCGCAUAUAAACCCGCACUGGCACAAGCACCAUGCAUGUGGAGGUCUCUGGGUUGUCUUGGGGUUUGGACUCGGUAAUGUGGCCCGUACUGAACAGUCAUGCACAGGCGCCUUCCCGUAGCUCUGGUGUGGAGACGCUUAUAUACAGUUGCUUGGCGUCGGGUAGGGCACUUUCAAUGUUACGAUGAUGUCCAGUGUAGACGUGGUCAAGCUUGGAGAGGCAGCCUGGCUAGGUCUAAACGGUAUCUAGACAUGCUGCUUUGGCAAAUAGCCUCGGUGCAGAGUAGGGCCCGCUUACGUUCUCGGGGUCCUGCGACAGAUCACUGCUCACAACCAAUGGCUCCCAAUAGCGUUAGCUCCCACAAUCCCGACCUUCCUUCGCUCGCCCGCACUCCUGCCAGUCCCCCAAAGGCAUCAGACCUCGUCAUGCGAACCUAUCCCAACUGCUUGCUCUUGUCCUACUCAGCUACACAUGCCCUCCCGUGUAACAAAACCCCGGGC